UGUAAGGGUGUCCGCAUGGACAUGCGAUGUAUACAGGCAGGUCGGACACAUUUGACAGCGGGACCAUUCGUCAACAGGGCAGCAGCAGCAGCAGAAGCAGCAGCAAUGGCUAAAAGUGAUGGAAGUGAUUAUUUUAAAAGAGCCAGCCUCUUUUGGAUCAUCUCCGUAAUCUUCGGGUUGAGUUAUUUUGCUUGCAUUGUGUUUGCACCCGAAAUAAUUCCAUACCAUCUCCUGGGGCCAUUUGGUACCUUCUGCAGAUAUCUCGUUGACAACCACGCUGGCGGCUUGUACAAAGGGUGGUGGGCGACCUGGGCAAUCCAUGUAGUUGAGGCCUUAGUCUCCUUGAAAGUGUGCAGCAACAAAGGCAUCACCAUGCCCACCAGCUGCUUGUGGUUCUUCCAGACCUUCGUGUUCGGCUUCGCCUCUCUCGGCCUGCUCAUCCGACACGACCCAGAGAGGCCCAAACAGCACUGACGCCGUCGCAAUAAAGCGAGCUGAGAACAUGCUCUAGCCUAGGAACCUGACACUAGUGCCUUUUCUUCGUCAAUGUUUCCUCAAACUUUAAAAUAUUGAAGUGAAGUAUUCCAUGUGAUAGACCUAAAUCCUGCGUUGCUGUGAUGACUUUCAUUGUAUAGAGUUUGUUUUUCCUGAAGAAAUAGUCAUUAAUACGUAAGAGGUAUUUUGGGAGAAAUACAUCCUGUUGCAAAUGUGGUACAAUUUUAUGACGUUUUAAUACAUUCAUGAUGUUUACAUUCCAGUGAUCAUGAUAAUCUUCCAGCUGCUGUGUUCUACUUAAAAAUGUUGCAAAUUGCUGUUCUUAACGCUAACAAUUGAAAUAAAAAUGGUGACAAACAG